ACAUCAUUCAUCGAGCUUGCUAGGCUUCAUUUCCUCCACUAGCUUCUGAAAAAUGUCGGCAGCAGCAUCAGUAGAAGCCAUUGAUCUUAUAGACUAUGUAAUAAACCAAGGCAAUGGAGUAAAGGGUCUUUCCAAAUUAGGCCUAAAAACCAUUCCUCACCAAUACAUCCAACCGCCAGAAGAAAGGCUAGACCAGAACCAAAUAGUUGAUGAAGAGUCAAUACCAAUCAUUGAUGUAUCCAACUGGGAUGAUCCGGAAGUGGUUAGUUCAAUCUGUGAGGCUGCUGCCAAGUGGGGUUUCUUUCAAAUUGUUAAUCAUGGCAUCCCACUUGAGGUUCUUGAAAAUGUGAUGGAAGCAGGGCAUAAAUUCUUUGAGUUACCCAGUGAGGAAAAGAGGAAGUAUUUGAAGGAAAAUUCACCUACUCCCACUGUUCAGUUGAAGACUAGCUUUAGUUUAGCAGAAAAGGUUUUGGAGUGGAAGGAUUUUCUCAUGCAUUGGUAUUUCCCAGAUGAUGAAAGUGUUAAUCUCUGGCCUGCUGUGUCCAAGGAUCAGGUGUUGGAAUACGUAAACUGGGCAAAGCCUGUAAUCAGAAAGCUACUAGAGGUGCUAUUGAAAGGGCUUAAUGUGAAGGAGUUCAAUGAAUCAAAAGAAUCUCAGCUUAUGGGUGCUCUUAUUGUCGACCUCAUGCACUACCCCUUGUGUCCAAACCCUGAGCUUGCUGCUGGAGUUGGUCGUCAUGCUGAUAUCUCAAGCAUCACAAUCCUUCUCCAAGACGAAGUAGGUGGCCUAUAUGUUCAGGGAACAAGAGCUGAUCAGUGGAUCCAUGUAACACCAGUCAAAGGGGCACUCGUGAUUAACAUAGGCGACAUAUUACAAAUUGUGAGCAAUGACCGUUACAAAAGCAUUGAGCAUCGUGUGAUUGUUAACAAAAGUAGAAAUAGGGUUUCAGUGCCAAUCUUUCUGAACCCUAAAGAUGAUGCAGUUGUUGGUCCUUUUCCUGAAUUGCUGGAGAGUGGAGAAAAACCAAUUUAUAAGAAUGUUGUCUUCUCAGAUUACUUCAACUUCUUCUUCAGCAAAGGCCCUGAAGGAAAGAAGACUCUGGAAUUUGCAAAGGUAUGAUGUACUUCCAAUUCUAUGAGGCUUAGGAAGUUGCAAUACAAUGAAUUUGGGCUAUAAUAAGGAUGCAAGGUGUUCUACCAUGCAAGGUGAGAAAUGAAUGCUGUCUUUACCGAGGUUCCAGUGCUUGUCCUAUCUGUUUCUCCAUUCCAUAAGAAGGAAUUCAAAAGUGAUUGAUUUUGUUUCUUUAUGAAGAUAUGUAAUGAUGUUAGAUAUACAAUUAGACAGAUUAGCCUGAAAUCAUGAAGUGGAAGAUGUACAUGUAAGUUCUUGGGCACUUUUCUGAUGGGGAGUAGACCAUCAGACUUUUCAUGAAGUUGUAUGUAUGUUCUUCCUCACUCUUUGUUUUUUCUUUAUUCCCUGCUUUCUUGUCAUUAGCAUACUGUUUUGGCGUUAGAUGAGCUUAUGCCCUAUUCUCUACUGUAUAUGUUGUCAUGGGCAAUGCCCCUUUUUCCUUGUGUAAACCAUUCUUAAUAAUCAAGAAAAUUUUUGAUGUUUUCUUAAAA